AUGGACAACGGCGUCGGCACGGCGACGCUGCUCGAGCUCGUGCACGCCUUCCGGCAGCUGUCCGUCGAGGAGCACCUGUGGCACCCGGGCGCGAGCAUCGUGUUCGCGAGCUGGAGCGGCGAGGAGUUCGGCAAGAUCGGCUCGACGGAGUUCCUCGAGCAGUUCGGGGGGGAGCUCCGCGGCCGCGCGGUGGCGUACGUGAACGUGGACGCGCCCGUGCGCGGCGACCACGCGCUCUACGUCGCCGCGUCGCCGCUCGCGAAGAGCGCCAUCUACGCGUCGGCACGCGCCGUGCCCUGCCCCUCCCCCGCCCACGGGAGUUCGAAGGAGGACGGCGGCGGGGGAGGGGUUCACUCGAUGUACGACCAGUGGCUGGAGGCGGACGCGGGGCCGGACGUGCGGCCGCGCGUGAACUACCUCAACUUCCACUCGGAUACGAUGGGAUUCUUCCUCGAGGGCGGGAUCACUUCGAUAUCGCCGUCGUACAGGUGA